GGGGCCCGGAGAAACCAGAACGGCGGGGGCAGCCUCACGCCAUUUUGCACGCCCUGAGGCGGGUGCUGGAGGCCAAGGGGAAUGGGGCGCGGGGCAGGGGGCCUCCCCCAGCACUAGCUGGGCUUAGGGGAACCCGGGAUCCCCACAGGAACCUCCCUCGGGGGGGCUCAGGGGAAUAGAACAUGCUCUGGGUGCAGGGCCACGGGCGACGGAGUUUGGGUUUGAAGCCGGGGGUCCAGGUUCGAGUUUGAGGAACGGAAGACUCUGUUUGUGUUGGAAAUCCGGGCUCUCGAGUUCUGAUCUGGGAUCUCGGGAUUUGUGUCUAGGGGUGACUAGUUCUGGAAUCUGAAGAGCUUGAGUUUUGUGACUGGAAGCUUUCUCCUUGGAAUCCAGAGAUCCCAAUUUGGGGAUCUGGAAGUCUUAGUUCUGAGUUAUGAUGUAACAUUUUGAGAGUCUGGAGCCUGAUUUGGGGCAACUGAAGCCUCAGUAUAGAUUUAGGGCCUAAAUCCCAAUGUAGAGUAUGAAGCUUUAGGAUCUGGAGUCGCAGUUUGAGUCUUUAGAAGCACGUUUUAGGGCCUGGAGUGCCCACAUUGAGUAUGGGAGCUCCAGUUUUAGGGUCUGGGGUUUCAGAGUAGGACCCACAUUCGAGAUCUCAGUUUUAGGGUUGGGGCCACAAUUUGAGGGACAGUUUGGACGUCUAAGAGGUCAAUCUGGAGGAGUGAGAUUUGUUUCAUAGGGGCCUGGAUUUCUUAUCUUAGGAUAUAGGUUCAUAGUGUUACAGCUUGCAGUCUGUAAUCUUAGUAUUAGGAUCAUAUUUGAAGAUCAGAAGUUGACAGUUUGAGGGUCUGGGGUAGCUCAGUAUUAGAAUUUAGGGUUUGUAGGUUUGUGAGGGCUCCUUUUUUUUUGUUUUUGAGACAAGGUCUCACUUUGUCACCCAGGCUGGAGUGUAGUAGUGCGAUUUUAGCUCACUGCAGCCUUGACCUCCUGGGCUCAAACCAUCCCCCCACCUCAGCCUCCCAAGUAGCUGGGACUACAAGCAUGUGCCACUAUGCCCAGAUGUUUGGUUCCAGCAGAUACUUGGGUUCCUCUGAACAGCCCAGAGCUAAUUCACUGGGUCCCAGUGACAGGACCUUGGUUUUGUGCUCCCUAGUGGAAGGGGAAGAUAAGGUCAACCCCUCCGAACCACAUGGACUGAGAAUGGAGGAGAAAUGGUUGCUCAAAGGAAAACUGAGGAAUCAGAGGAACCAAAACAAGCUCCUGUCCCCAAACAAGAAGCAGAGGAAAAACCACACUAGCAAGCUGCAAGAGUUGGCACUGCUGCUGCCCAUAGCCCUGAAGACGGGGACCCAGAAGCUCACAAAGAAGGAGAUUCUGGUGCAUGUCCUGCAGUACAUUCAGUACCUCCAGAGAAACAUCGAUGCCGCCAAGGCCUUGUUCAAAUGCCACAUCACCACUGGGGAAGGUGGACUUGCGGGGCUGGGUCAGAAACCAGCCUGGGGCCCAGCCAGGCGGAGGAGACACUCUACCCCCUCCAGCUCCCCAAGCUCUCAGAAGUCCCGUCUCCAGGGGGCGUGCCAGAAGCCUCGGAAGAAGAAGCUGACCCAGGCAUCAGAAAGCCAGACUCGGACCCCGAAGCCUCGCCGCUCUCUGGCCCUGAACAAGCCUGAGAAGCUGGUGACCCCGUCCCCAGACCAGAAAGGAAGUGGCACAGGGGGGACCACUACCCCUCCAAGGUGCCCUGACUCCUGCGGUCACCCGAGGCCUGCAUCAUCCUCACCUCCAGGUGACAGAAAAGGAGGACAGUCCCAGCUGACGCUGUUGGAUCUGGCCGAGGACACCAUCCACUGUGACAUCUCAAGCUGCUGGUGCCAGGGCAGUGUCCAGGAUGACGCGCCUUUCCCUGCGCUCCUGGCUCAGGAAGAUGUGGCGAGGAUCCAUUUUCUCAACAAGACCCAGCCCCAUCCCAGGCAGAAGCUGGUGUUCUAUGAUUCCAGCGAGGAUGUGGACAAAGGGUCCCUAGACGCUGACCCUUGGCUCCCUGCCUGGACCCCAGAGAACAGCCCCCAAGGGAGCCCACUGUUCCUGGGGCCUCCCCAGAUUGAUGUCUGGAGUGGAACAGGCCACCCAAGUGAGAUCCUCGGGCUCAGCCCUAGCCUUUUCAGCUCCCCAGGGAAACUGCUGCCAGACGAGAUCUUGGAGGAUGACAUGGAGUACCUGACCCAAGAGGCUUUCUUUGAAGAAGUGUGCUUAGAUCUGGAGUCUUCACCUUCAGCCUACACGCAGGAGGCUCCACAGGAAAAGGACACAGCCUCCAAGGCCUCCAAAGACCCUCCUGAGUCCCACAGCCUGCACCGGUCCUCAGUCUCGCUGGACCACUGCUACCUCUCGCUGAGCGGGAACAGCAAGGCGCCAUCCAGCUCCAGCUCCAGCUCCAGCUCCAGCUCCAGCUCCAGCUCCAGCUCGGAGGACAGCGACUCGGAGCCCCUGUGGAAGCAGCGAGAGGAUAUGCAGGCCAACCCUGUGGGCACGCCGGGCUCCAGCGAAGAGGACGAAGACACCACAUGGACCCCCACCCGGCUGGCCUCACCCCUGCCGGCAGCUGAGAAAAAGGCCACGAAGGGCCAAGUAGCCAGGGCCCCCGUGAAGCCCAAGGAGAAGAAGAAAGGCCCCUGCCCACCCCAGAUGAAGAAGAAGUGUGUCAACGGCUUCAUCAUGUUCUGCAGGAUGAACCGGAAGCAGUACAUCCGAUCCUGCCCUGGAACCGCUUCCACAGCUGCCACCAAGGAGCUGGCCCAGCUGUGGCGGGUGAUGACCCAGCAGGAGCGGAGGCCAUACUGCACCAAGGCUCGCAGGUUCAGCCGCCAGCACAACCGCAUCGUGAAGCAGGACGGCUCCAGCAGCGAGGCUGAGGACUGGGAGACGCCAAAGCCCUUCUACCAGCUGCUGGCCGAGAAGGCCUUGCUGCUGCCCCCGCACCUCCAGUGAGAGGGCGGCCCCUCGCCUCGCUCCCCUCACCCCUCAUGGCAACCGCGGCUCUUGCUGGAAGCCAGGACCCAUCGAUGAACUUAUCCCUCCUGGGCCUCCAGCCCCUGAGAAUGCAGGUCCCAUGGGACUGGGGAGGGGGGCACUGAUUAGCCCCAACUGCUGGGCACAUUUGCCUGGAGCACCAGAGUCACCCACAGCUGCCUUGAUUCUCCCCCAGGCUUAGGAAGGAAACCCAAAAUGAAAUGCGGGGUGUCGGAAGGUGAAGUUUACCCACCCUUCUCCCCUUCCCUUCCCCACCCCAGAGCCACUCGGUUGCAACCCUGUUUAUGCUCACCUCACCCUACUCCUCCCUCUCCUGUUCUAUUUUUAGACUAUUUAUUGUUUUAAAUAAAAUAAAGCAAGUGGAACCUUU